UUUCUCGGGAAAAUCUUCCUCUCCUGAUUGAAAAAAAAGACUCUCUCUCGGUCUCUGAUUCGCCCUAUGCGACGCCUGUUGAUGAAGCCGAACCUAAGUCUACUGUGCAGAUCGGCGCUCAGAUUCAUCGACGUAUCCGCUUGCAGAGUCAUGGCUUGUUUCCUCAACUGCUUCCGCGGAAGAGACUACGAUCGAUCUAUCUCUCACUCUUCACUCGCCGAUUCCAAAAGAGGAGGCCAGGAAUCGCAGAGUCAUCUGUCUGCUUUGUUUCGAUCUGAAGAGGAAGAAGAAGCUUCAUCGCCUUGCCUUGGCAAAGAAAGAUUUGAUUUGGAUUCUAUACAUAUCGACAAAGGCCUACGGGAUGAGGCGCGGUUUCUUAAAGCUUGUGGCACUAUACCGGAGACGCCUAUUGAAAUUAGGAAAGCGUCUCAAAAACUGAGUAGUCCUCAACGUUCUGGAGCUUCUUAUUUCCAUUCAUGGAUUUCCAGUAGCUCUGCGCUAGGGUUUCAUUUGGAUGAAUCACCAACUCCCAUGAAAGCUUGUGAAGAGUUGGGAAGGCCAUCACUUACUUCAGAGCAAACACCAAGCAGUUGUGUAAUCGAUGACGGGGACACUGCGAGGAUCUCAUCUGCUUCUGGUGAUGCUGAUGAAGUAGAAAGCAUUGGCACUGCGUUCAAGGGUGAGUUAGAUAGAUCUGGCAGGCCAUUGUUCACAGCUGGAAAGACAAAGUCGGUGCGGUUUGAAUGUGAUCUGGAUCAAUCUCAGUCUUCUAACUCUUCUGAGAAUAGCAGUUCAAGAAAACCAGAGAUGGGUGGGAAAAGUACAGUGAGCUCGCCUAAUCCAACCCCAUUGAAGCUAUCUGAUGAGAUGCAAACUCCUGGAACCGUAUAUCCAGCAAACAUGGAGUCAGCAAGAAAGGGAAGGCCUAGAAUCAGGUCGCAGUUUGUGCAUUCGGUGUCUAAUAUAAUGGAAGAUGCGUCCUUAUAUAAUGUCCAUGAUGAUUCAUAUGGGAGCAUAGAACAAGAGCAGAUAGAGGGUGAAACUCCCACUUCAGCAACUUCAGAUGAGAAACUAUCCAAGUUUGAGGCAAGCUCUUCUCCUUCGCUAUACCCAAUCAAUGAAGACGGUGGAGAAGACUUUGGUGUUUUAAACGAUAUAACACCUGGAGUCAAUGCCAUGACUCCAGGUGACAGGCCUAUCAUUGGAUUGGUUGCUGCUCACUGGAAUGAGAAUGAGCAAACUGAGGUUUCACCCAAAUGGUGGGAUGGAAAUGGGAUUCCAAAUUCCACAACCAAAUACAAAGAGGAUCAGAAAGUGAGUUGGCAUGCAACACCAUUCGAGGUAAGACUGGAGAAGGCACUCUCUGAAGAAGGUGGUUUGAGUCUAUUCCCUCGAAGGAACCUUGAAGCGAUGGAGGAGGAUGAAGAAGACUCGGACAUAUCGCAGCUGCAGCAUUCCGUGCAACCAAACUCAGUAGUUUCGUUCUGAAACUUUUCUCUCGUACAGAAGAGUGGUACUUACGGAUGGCAAUGAAGAUACUCUCGUUUCCAGCUUUUAUGGAACUUUAUAAUAAGUUUUAAGAGUAAAAAAGCAUAAACAGGGGUGUGUUUGUGAACCUUUUGGGAAUUCUCUCCCCAGGCACUCGGCAUUGUGAUAUACUUUUCUCGAGUAAUUUUAAUCUGCAAAUCUUAGA